AUGUCGCGGUCUGACAUAGACCGCCGGGAGUAUGCCGCCAAUGGUCGUCUCCUGAUGACGAAGCGUAAGCGUGGUACCCUGAUGCGCAAGCCAGUGCGGUGGACGGGAGGCGUUUGUGUGGUGCCUGCCGUGGGGUUCGUGAUUGAGAAGGAGUCCAGUGUGAGGAAGGCAGAAGAGCACACGGCCGAUGGCGGCGAUGCACAGCGAGGCGAGGACGCGGGCAGACAGACGGAGAACGGCAGAGCGAUUUGGACACAUGGGGGCAGACUGCAGACUGCAGACGCACACCGUGCGAAAAACAGAACGAGUCUGGCGUCCGUCAGCCGUGCCUUCGACCCACGAGAGAUGCAGGGGAUCGGGCCCCCCGGCAUCCGCUGGCUCAAGCACGAAAACAUGGGAGCUGAGCUUGGUCGCGCCAGGAUAGCCGGUGCUGUUCCAGGCAAGCAGCAUGACGUGGGGUGCAAGUUCAAGUCAACUACCGUCGACGGCCUCCUUUUCCCCGAGGCUUUCUCCCCACCCGCCAUCGACCGCGCUGCCUGGCGAGAGCAUACCACGCGCCGGACCGUCUUCACGCGCGCCAUUGCCCACAGCGAGUACGCAGACGGCGCCCAAUCACCGGGGCCGCCUGGGACCCCAUCCUCAACCUCGACGCGGCUCCUGAAUGUGGCAGACGCUGUGGACUACCUAGACGCGAUCAAGGCCCAGUUCCAGGACAGGCCAGAAGUGUACAGCCACUUUUUGGACAUUAUGAAGGACUUCAUGUAUCAAGUAAAGGACACAUCAGUGCGCACGUCGUCCUUCCUGCGUUACGACGUGAUUGUCUGUCCGUAUCUCGAUGAGUGGGUGAUUGACACACCGGGCGUUAUUGCCCGCGUCUCCAUGUUGUUCCACAGCAGCCCCUACCUUAUACAAGAUUUCAACACGUUCCUGCCACCCGGCUACCGCAUCGACGUGUCGACUGAUCCGCAGAACCCGGGCAUGGUCACUGUUACGACGCCCACCAGCGUCGACGUACAGUACACAACCGCUUUCCCGCCUGAUUAUCCAUUCUCGCCCUCUAUAAUGUUCGCGCCUCCGGCAGCAGGCCCCCAGGCAGUCUCCGCCGCUUCAUUUCUAGGCAACCUAGGCAACGGGACGAACGAGGGAAUGGCAGCAAUUGGCGAGCUCAACCACGCUAUCCAGUUCCUGAAUAAGAUUAAGAUGCGAUUCGAAGAAGACCCUGAAACCUACGAACAGUUCCUUGAGGUUGUGCAUGCUUACCAGGAGCGGCCGCAGGACUCACAAGUGUACGCCCAGGUGCAGACGCUGUUAAAGGACGCUCCGGACCUCGUGAAUGAGUUCCGUGACUUCUGGCCAGAAGCAAUUGGCCCUUCUUCGCAACGUCUCAGACUGCUCAAUCAGACUGUGGUGCAGAACUCAAGCAUCAAGCGUCAACAGACACCGUAUAUACCAGUGUUGGGCCAGUCGUCUGCCAGUCGUCCCAGUCGUUCCCACGACUGGGGCGAUUAA